AUCCAGAGCCCUGGCCCCGCCCCCUCCCGCUCUGCUGGCUGGAAACUGGAUGCUCCAGGGAAGGAUUGUCAGAAGGCGGCCAGAGGCAGAGGGCACUGCUCUUGCUGCUGCUGUUCCUUAGGCUGUCUGGGGCAGCGAUGGGGCUCUCGCUUCUCUCCAAAGCCCUGGGAAGGGCAGCACCUUAAGCCUUAAGCAGAAGAGUGGGACUCUUGGAGAGGAAAGGAGGAGGAGAGGUGCACAAAGGAAGUGGUGGACAUCAAGCCUACCUGUGCGGUUUUUAUGAUUUCUCGUUCGCUGUCAGACCUAUAAAUACCAUGUGCCUCUGGGUCCCCAUGUGCUCCUUUCUUGGAGGAAUCUAAAUAAGGUCUUGAUUCACCCAUCACACUCAAGUAAGGCAUGCCUGAGCUUCGCUCCUCCCCAUCAUUGCUGAUCUAAAGCCAAGGAGCAGCAAUGUCAGAAGACUUCAGAGACUGUUUUUGGACUUCGCUUCUUCUACUUCCCCCGUGUGCCUUGACCUCUCGGACUGUUGACCUCGAGUUUGGAUUUCGUCGUUGCCUGUUGACCGGUGAAGAUGUCUCCACCUUUCAAGAAAUGUGACGUCUGUGGGGGAAAGGUUCCCGUCCAAGACCCACACUCCUCAUGUCUUCUUUGCCUGGGAAGGAACCAUGACGCAAAGGCUUGCCCGCUCUGUAAGUCUAUGUCCUCCCAGGCCAGAAAGAAUCGGGAGUCCCGUCUCACGUCCGCAAUUGCUCAGGGGAAGAUCCGGGAGAGGGACCCCAGUCCGGCCUCAGCUCCUUCUGCGCCCACCGCGGCCCCUCCGACUUCUGCCCAUGCUAGUCCGGCCAGUGCUCCACCGGACUUGGCCUCAGUGGCCCAUGAUCUUGGCCAGACCGUUCCAGUCCCUGCUGUGGGCUACGGCUCUUCGAAGCCUAGUGCCGCCUCCAAGCCUGCCCACAAGCCUAAGAAGUCGGCGGAUGUGGGUAUCCCUUUCGCUCGAGAAGAGGCGACGACUUCUAAGCGGGCAGCCACUGGACAUAAGUCCCGCGAGGCUUCUAUUUUGUCGGACUCGACUAAGAAGCUCAAGGGCAGUGAGAAGCCCCCUAAGGAGGGCAAGGCGGCCAGAGACCAUGCCACAAUCUCCAAGGCGGAUGGUUUCGGGUCGUCCAGCUCAAAGGCGGCUACUGACGGCAAGGGUGGCUCGGACUUAAAGAUCACUGAGAUGCCCAUUCCAUUCUUCCUGCCUGACAUACCGCGGGACUCAGCUUCUUCCAAGAAAAGGGCCUUGUCCACCGCCGGUUCCACUGUCGGCUCCACCCCGGAGGUUCCAACUUCCAAGAGGGCUAAGACCAAGGAUCACACCAAGGUCCGCUCCGGAGCUGGGACCGGAAAGGAUGAUAGUCGGGGUCGACGAUGUUCCCGAUCCCGUUCUCCACUGCCCAGGGGUCACCAGCCUGUGUCCCCCGAUCGCAGACAGGCUUCAAAGCGUCAUCUUUCGCAGGAAGAGCCUAAACAAGAGGACCUCGCCGCUCCCGUUGGUGCAACUGCCAGAGUUGGUCAACCCUCCGCCACCGAGCCUUCGGCUUCCACGGCCGUUUCCUAUGUUGACCUGGAAGAGGAUGAAGCCCGCCCUCACAGGAGGAGAUCACCUGUUCCCUCGCAGACUCGGGUGAGGUCGCCUACCCCCUCACCAGUGCAGGAGCCCGAUGUGGAGGACUUCUUUUAUGAUUCCGAGUCCGACAGAUUCUACAUGGCAGUACCUAGGGAUGUGGCCAUGCUGAAGUUUCCUCCUGGGCAUGACUGGUACCGGGAUGAUGCGACAUCACGUGGUGCAGACCGCUCUUGCUCUCUGACUCGCCGUGGGGCAGUACAACCUAGGACAAAGACCGUGGUGGAGACCAUUCUCUCGGACUCGGAGCCGGAUCCUCCUGCCGAAUCCGACGCCCCUUCGGAUGAUGAGGAUCGAGCGGACGACCUCUCACUGGGCCUCCAUCAACCGGAGCCGGCCUCACCGACUGACGACGUGCGUUCGUUCGCCGAACACGUCAUUAAGAUGUCCCGUGCCUUGGACAUUGAGCUGCCCUACCCGGAGGAGGCGGCCAAGGACCCAAUAGAGAGGCGAGUCCAAGGUUGGAUGCAGACACCGCCAUCGAUACCAUUCUUGCCUUCGCUGAAGUCCCUGGUCAAACGCUCAUGGGACGCUCCCGCUUCUUUGCUGGGACCGCCGCGCAAGAUAGAGUCGCUGUAUAGGGUCUCUUCCCCGAACGCUCCCUGGUUGGCCUCUCACCCCCGCCAAAAUUCCGCGAUUGUUGAGGGAGCCCAACAUACCUCGACGCAACGUCAAUCUUCCUUCCCCUUGGACAAGGAGGCCAAGAAGAUUGACGCCCUCUCAAGGAAGGCAUAUACAGCGUCAGCGCUGGCAGUCAAGGCCAUAAAUUACGUGGCCUGCAUGGGGGCCUAUGUCCAGACCCUCAUGGAAGGAAUAUCUCCGAUCAUCCCUGAUGUUCCGGAUGACGCCCAGCGCACCUUGGCCGAGAUCAGGGACGAAACCCACUCGAUCGGGAGCUGGCUAAUUACCGCGUCCAGAAAUGUGGCGGAGUGCACCGGUAGAGCCAUGGCUGCUUCCAUCGCGCUGCGGCGACAUGCCUGGCUUCGCGGAUCAGACCUCAACCAGGGCGUCCGUACCACAAUCGAGGAGAUGCCCAUCGAUGACUCCGGGCUCUUCCAUGCCGACACUGACGACAAACUUAAUAGAAAGUUUAGGAUGAAAGCGGCCACCAGGAAACAUGGCAUGUCCGCCCCUGGUACUUCCCAGUUCCGAAAAUGAUUCCGUCCCUGGCAACAACAACAAGGUCAGUCCCAGAGACCAUUCUAUUAUGACCGUCAGUUCGACAAACAGGGCUCCCAGCGGCAGAGGUACCCAUCCCAAUCCUCUUCUUCUUCUGGCCGUCGGGCUUACCCCCCCAAAUACCGCAAGGCACGGAGGCAGGAUACCGACCAGGCUAAAAAGAGAGCAUGAAGCCCCCCUGCGCACUUCGUUUCGCCUAGCCCUUAUUUUUUGGACAUUCUUCAGCCCUUUGCCACCGUAUGGGCCUCCAUCACUUCCGACUCUUGGGUCUUAACCAUCGUCCGGAGGGGCUAUACCGUCGAGUUCGAAGAGCUCCCCCCCACCGGAGCUUUUAUUUCCACCACCCCCUCAGGCACCCUUCUCGACAAAGUGCGCUCCCUUCUCCAGAAAGGGGCUAUAUCGCCCGUACCACCCGAACUGUUGUCCAGAGCCUUUUUCUCCAGGUACUUUACGGUACCGAAGUCAGAUGGUGGAAUCAGACCCAUAUUAGACUUAAGGGGACUUAACUCCUUUUUACGCUACCGACGUUUUCGCAUGGUAACCCUGGCUUCUAUUUUGCCUUUACUUCACCAGGACCUCUGGUUUGCGACCAUAGACCUAAAGGACGCUUACUUCCAUGUAGGGAUUGGAGAGUCCCACCGGAGGUUCCUCGCCUUCGCCAUAGGCUCCGUCGCCUAUCACUACAACGUCCUCCCGUUCGGCUUGGCCACGGCUCCGAGGGUCUUCACGAAGUGUAUGGCCCCAGUGGUGGCCUACCUCCAUCAGAAGGGCUUCAGGGUCUUCCCGUACCUGGACGACUGGCUAUUUGCAGCCCCCUCACAAGAGGAGUUUCAGGACGCCAUCAACUUUGCGCUCCAUCUUCUGUCGGACUUAGGACUAUUGGUCAACCUAGAGAAGUCUCAUCUGGUCCCGGCCAAGCAGGUCCGGUUCAUCGGUUCCAUCCUCGAUUCCGAAGAAUGCGUCGCUUACCUGCCUCAGGACCGUUUCCUGGCACUGUCGAUGCCAGUAAGGGCCGUCCGGUCCUACAGGAGAAUAAGGGCCAGAGACGUCCAGGUGGCCCUGGGACACAUGGCGUCCACCACAUUCAUGACUCCAUGGGCGAGACUACGGCUGAGGCCUCUCCAGUCGUGGUUCCUGUCGGCCUUCGAUCCUAUGAUGGACCCUCCAGACAAAUGGCUCACCAUACCAAGACCCGUCGCCACUUCCCUAUUGUGGUGGCUAGAUUCCCGCAAUGUCUGCGUCGUCAUGCCCUUUGUCCAGCCUCAUCCUCAAGUGACCCUAACGACGGAUGCGUUGAUGGAAGGCUGGGGCGCCCAUCUCCUGGACUUGUGUGUAAGAGAGAGGUGGUCUUGGCAAGAGACUUCGCUCCACAUCAACGCAUUGGAGAUGUUGGCCGUCGAGAAAGCAUUGAAGGCCUUCGAAUCCAGCAUCACGGACAAGGUGGUCCUCCUCAGGACAGACAACACAACCGUGAUGUAUUAUGUCAACAAACAAGGAGGCAGCAAGUCGAAAACGCUCCUGGACAUCACCCUGAGGAUCUGGGACUGGUGCAUCCCAAGGGGCAUCCUUCUUCAGGCGAUCCACCUGCCAGGGGACGAGAACACCCUGGUGGACCAGUUCAGCAGGGCCACAUCGACCUGCCACGAGUGGAGGCUCCAUCCAGAGACGGUCCACGACCUAUUUUGCCGGUGGGGAGCUCCUCAAAUCGACUUGUUUGCAACUGCCUCCAACAGCCAUUGUCCCCAGUUCUGCUCCCGAAGGCGACACGAGAGAUCCCUCGGAGACGCAUUCGCCUUCGAUUGGUCUGGGGAGACGCUCUACGCCUUUCCCCCAUUUCCUCUGCUCACCAGAGUGGUCUCGAGGAUGUCGAGGGACCACGCCAACGCGAUUCUCAUCAUGCCGUGGUGGCCGAGACAACCGUGGUUCCCGUCGUUGCUCCACCUUUCCAACAACGAGUUUCUCCGGUUGGAGUCGAGACCAGACCUUCUCACUCUCCAAGGCGGGAGAGUCCGGCAUCCGGACAUCGACACGCUGCCGAUGGUGGCGUGGAGGCUUCGCCGCUGAGGCUACUUCCACCGUCGGUACGGAGGGUGAUCCGUGCCGCUCAAAAGCCAGCGACCCAGAGGUCCUGUGCCUCUAAGUGGAAGAGAUUUCUGCAUUUCCUCGAAGAGAGGGGCCUGCCACCGCACCGCGUCACGGUACCGGUGGUACUUGAGUUCUUGAUGUCGUUGUUGGACGCGGGGCUGUGCCUUACGUCCAUUAAAUGUUAUCUGUCUGCCAUUUGUUCCCACUUUCAAUAUGAUGGUUUGCCUUCCUUUUUUAGGGACCCUCUUGUUAAGAACUUUUAAAGGGGUUGCAAUAACCUUCACCCCCAGGUCUCCGUUCCUGCCCUGGCUUGGAGCUUGGACGUUGUAUUGUCCGCCCUCCAAUCCAAGCCCUUUGAACCCUUGGCCACAACGGACUUGAGACUAUUAACUUGGAAGACUGCAUUCCUUGUGGCCAUCACUUCUGCCCGCCAGGCGGGAGAACUUUGUGCCUUAUGGAGGGAUGAACCCUUCAUUCGAUUCCACAGGGACAAGGUCGUACUCCGAACUGAUAUCACCUUCCUUCCUAAGGUGGUUUCCUUCUUUCACAUGUGUCAGGACAUUGUGUUACCGACCUUGGCUUUGAACCCAUCCACUGCUGAGGAACGCAGCUUGCAUAUGCUGGACGUUCGGAGAGCCUUGGCUUUCUACUUAGACAGAACAAUGGGUUCGAGUCGUUCCGAAAGACUUUUUCAAUGCUAUUCGGAACCUAGAAAGGGUCUACCGGUGUCGCCCCAAAGACUCUCGAAAUGGAUUGCUAACACUAUCCAUCUCUGUUAUGAACUGUUGGGCAAACCGACACCGGCCAGGGUGCGUUCGCAUGCGACCAGGGCGGUUGCAGCAUCCUCUGCCUUUCUAGCUGGAAUCUCCUUAUCGGAUAUCUGUAAGGCUGCCGUUUGGUCCCAGCCAUUGACUUUUAUAAAGCAUUAUAGACUGGACACCAGGGCCAUUCGGGACGCAGCUUUUGGGAGGGCUGUGUUGGUUUCUGGUUUGCAUUGAAUGUUUUGCUAGUGUGAGUUGUGCCAUGUGUUAUACAGAGGGUACUGUGUUUAUAUUGGUCUAUGAUGUCUCAUUUUCAGUGGGAUUGGUCUUGCAUGGCCUUUACAUUCCCUCCUCAGGUCUGCAAGGUUAUUAUUUGAUUGACUUUUCACUUACAUUUGCACAACUCCAAUGGGUAUGGUCUUGCAUGACCUUGUACUCCCUUUUCAGGUUCUAUAAUGUUAUGUCCAUAUUGAACUUCUGUACAAAGAUGAGACGGACCCCCUUUUUACGGUUCGCAAUUUUAUUGGUAUAAUAAAUAUUACCUUGGUUUACCAUAA